AUGGAGACCAGAAAAGUCUUCCCGCAAUUCCAGCAGCUCCACAUCGAGAUCCGCCUCAUGAUCUGGCGAGAGUGUCUACCAUCCCGAGUGAUCGAGAUCGAUUUCCCUGCUGAUCGCAACCGGCCGUAUAAAUGCACUCUGGUGUGGCCAAACCGUCAAACCCGAUUACCACCAGCGCUCACGAAAGUAGUGACCAUCCAUGCGACCCGCGCCGCCGCAGCAGAGUCAGGCUUGUUUGGCUUGCUGUUAGAUGCCCCCAUACAGCUGGUCGACGCAACCGACACGAGCAAAAUCGCCAAGUUUCAUGAGUUGUGGGCAUCAAAUUCAGCGCUGGAUACGACUCCCUCGAGUUUCUUCAGGGACCAAGUGUCGUUCCAGGUUCGUGUGCGGCAGUGGCUAAAAGAGCUCGUAGCACUGUGGGUAUAUUAUCCUUGGAUGAAGGCUUGGAAGGAUAAAUGGCAAGGAGUUAUUGAUCCGGAGGGGAUUUGGCUGGGUCCUCGCAUCGAUGAGGAUGCGUUCCUGCGGGACAUGCUGAUCCCAGGAUGUCUAGAGUCGGACCCUGGGCCACCGUUCUGUGUCGACUAUAAUCUCUUUUCUCCCAAUAUGGAUCAUCCUUUUGCGCAGGAGGCUUUAAUAGUGAUGCCUCAGUUCCGACCGCGAGUGAUGUUUCGAUACUGUCCUUUAGAUUGUCACCUGCAAAAACAGGGGGGUAUGGGUAGCCGGUGA